AUGGUCGCCGCUGCCACCGAAAUGGAUGGGGAGUCUAGAAUCAAACAUGACCAAGGUCCAAUUGAUGCUGAUGACGAAGAUGAAGAUACCAAAGAGCGCCCAGUUAUGAAACUCGACUUUGAAAAAUUAUUCAAAAUGGCAGAGGAUCCAGAUUUAAAGAACUUCUCCGAUCACCUCUUGACCAAGCACUCAUCAAUUUGGAGUUGGUUUUUUCUAGACGGUUCUGAAGUACAAAAAUUAACUGCAAUCCGAACGUUUCCGGAUAUUUUGGAUACAUCAGACGGAGAGAAAUGUUUACUCAAAAUGUUGCCAGCUAUUCAAAAAUGUCUGAAAGUUGAAAAAUCGAAUCUUGAUCUGCAUUGUGAAGCAGCAGUCGUCUAUAAAUCUAUCAUUCAAAAUGAGGAAUUAGUCAAGAAAUUUCAAGGAAUCGUUGAUCUGCUUCUCGAGAACAUUCUUCAGAAUAUUCAAAAUCAAAAAGAGCAUCAUAUUCACGAAAAGGAAAAAGUUAUAAUUAAAGCUGGCAGCUGCAUCAACAAUCAAAUGCAUCACUUGAGUGCUGCUGCAUGGUUGGAGACAAUUGUUGAAGUUGCGGACAAACUGUCUUUGAGUUCCAUCAAACAAUUUAUCAUUCCCGUUAUCCAAACACAGGCAGAGCCAGUUCAAAGGGUACAAAGAAGAAUAAUUGCCACAAAAAUUAUUAAUAGGCUGGCCAUGUUUUUACCACCAAAUGAAAUUCGAAAAGACCUCUGCCCAAUCGUUUCCACAUUGUGCAAAGAUGCCAAUUCUAACGUGCGAGUGGCAGUUGCUCAACGACUUUUCGUCGUCGCGAACUCUUUAAAGAAUUCUCAUGACGUCGUUUCUUGCCUUCUUCAAUCCUACGUUCAUCUAUUGAAUGACGAAGAAAUGAAUGUUCGAGAAGCCGCAAUGAAUAGUUUGACAGAUUCAUUCUCUUUGUUCACAAGAGAUGCCAGAAAGCACACAUUGUUCUCUGUUAUCAAAAAGUUGACAGAAGAAGCGUUGGAGAAAAAGAACGAAGGGCUUCCAGUGAUUUCCAACAAUUUUGGAAAAUGGUCAUGGGAACUGAAUGAGCUGUUGGAUCAAUUGGAUAAAUCUUGGGUCCUGAAUACUUAUUGCAAGAUGGUUCAAAUAUCAGAUGAAUUAUGUGAAGGACCUCAAAAAAAUAUUCGAAAUGUAUUGAAGAAAACUUGCUGCUACAACUAUCCGUGUAUGCUUACAAUGUUCAAGAAACAAGUAGAUAGACUACUCCCGUUUCUAGAAAUGUUCUGCACUGAUCAUGAUGAAGAGGUUCGGAUAAGUAUAGCCGCUUCAUACCAUGAAAUUCUAAUCAUGUUUCCGGACAAAGACGAUCUGAUUCCUCCAUUCAUUGAACUUCUUCACGGUGGAUCUUCUGAUGUCAUUGCCAAAAUCUCUCACAAUCUAUCGAAAAUCCUGCCAAUUCUGUAUGAGAAUGUGAAGGAUAAUCCAGGAAAAACAACAAUCCAACAGCUGGAUCGAUUAUUGAUUGGAUGCAAUCAGAUUCUAAGGACGUCUAGCUCCUGGAGAAGCCAUGAGGCACUUUUGAAAAGCUUGAAAGCCUUGUCAGGAUGUAUAGAGGAAGAAACUAUAGUUGACACUUUCGUUCCACUUUUGAAAAAGGAAGUUUUGAAUGUGCGAGCCAUUCCAUGUCGGAUAGCAGCAUGCGAGACUUUACUGAUACUGAUGAGGAGCAUUUCUAAAGAAGAAACACGAAAAAAUAUUAUCAAAUUUUUCAAUGAUGGUACGCACUACCUAUCCAAUCACAAUUGUUGCUACCGAAGGAUGACUUACAUUGAUGUUGCUGAAAUAGUUCUUUCUGUUUUCAGUAAACGUAUAUUCAUUGAAAACUUCCUUGAUGAUACCCUCCGUCUAACUUCCGAUCCAGUAUCUAAUAUCAGAAUUCGUGCUAUCAAAUUUCUUUCAAAAAUCAAAUCAAGAUUACAACUUGCACAGGACGAAGAAGUCCUUUUGAAAAUUGAAAACUCGGUGAAAGAACAAUUAAAAUCGACGGAACAGAAUGGACCCACACGAGCUAUUAUCAAUCAAGCAGCUGUCGAAUUAUCGAGAUGUGAAACGUGUUCGGAUGAUUUGGAUGAACAGAGAGUGAAAGAAGAAGAAGAGUUGUGGAGUAAGAAGAAAAUAGAGAACAAAAAAGAAUCAAAGAUAAAGAAACCAAGUAUAAGGACAAAGAUAAGAACAAGAGACUCAAAAGCAGAAGAAGAGCAAGCAGAAGAAGAGGAAGAAGUGCUCGGAGAGUUCGUUAGAUCAUCCAGUCUCCGCCUUCCAUCAACACCGAUCCGAGCAACAUCUCCAUGGAGAACCGAAAGAAAAGCCAUCGCUGUAGUCCGUCCACAGCCCGUCAUCACUGUCAGGUCCCAAUCACCAUCUCCAAUGUCCUACCGUAGUCCUAGUCCUGCGCCAAAAGAAGCCAUCCGUCCUAGUCGAUUACCAUUAAGCUCUGCCGCAAAGGAAAGAGAUAAACUGAGGAAAACGGCUACCGACGCACCACCUCCACCUGCAAGAAGUGCUCGAAGUGCAUCCGUGGUUGCAAGUAGAAGAUCAGAUGCAAUGACGUCUUCUACUUCUUCUCUCGAAUCUUCGAAUUCCACGUCUUCCCUGUCUUCCACAGCCCUACCAUCUUCUGGAUAUGGCCUUCGACGAUCUGCCACAUCGAGCAGCUCAUUCGCAGGAUCUUCGUAUACCUCGACGUCUUCUUAUUCAUUGAUGAAUGCUCGUUCAUCGUCGAACAUCCGUCGGCCUGGUUAUGGAUUAUCUCAUGUUUCCAGUUUAAGCACGUUUGAAAGAAAACCCUCUCAAUUAUCCUGCCGAGUCAGGAAACUUGAUUAA